AUGGCUGACUUAAUAAAGAGUGUUCCAGUAAUAGUUUUCGGUUUUUUUUUAAUUUUUACAAUAAAGGAUUUAUUUGUGUCUCACUGGAAUGCCGAGGCUAGUAACAAAGAUAUUCCCGUCACAAAUUUGGGCUCUAGUAAAUUUAUGGGCCCUACGUUAAAAAUUUUGUACUGUUAUUCCUGUGGUUAUAGAAAUGCCUAUGAACAAUAUGCUGAUAUGUUAAAUAAAAGAUAUCCUGAUUUAAUUGUUGAGGGAGGACUUUAUCCGCCAUCGACUUACAAUUCUAUAUUGGCAAAAAUAUUAAAUAUAGGAAAAAUGCUUGUAAUAUCAGCUAUCCUAUUUGAUAUGGAUAUUUCCCGUUAUUUAGGUCGUAUGGCAUCAAGUUGGUAUUGGUGUCGUACAAAUAAAAUUUAUUCCUGUGCUUUGAUUUUUUUUAUAUGUAAUUUCAUUGAAGGAAAUUUGAUUUCUACAGGUGCAUUUGAAAUCACAUUUAACGAUGUGCCCGUAUGGUCAAAAAUAGAAACUGGAAGAAUUCCACAACCUCCAGAAUUAUUCCAAAUAAUAGAAAGGCAAAUGCAAUUUAUAGAAAAAACAUUUGAAAUGAAACCAGAAAUAAGUUUUUAUGAGUAA